GGGGAGAAGGAAAAGUUAAAGCCGUCACCGCUGCGACAGGGAGCCGCUCCGGACUGCUGUCCAGUUAUCAAGGUCAGAGGUCAGUGAAGGCACCAGUGGACCGAGAUGAUGUCCAUGCAAAUGAGUGAGGCAGACAGUGUGGUGAAGGUGGCGGAGUGGCAGCAGACCUACUAUGCCUCAGAUUCUGGCAUCCAAUCAGGAGCCACCACAGUCCGGGAUGAUGAGAGCAGCACUGAGUACAGUGGCCGUAAGAAUUACUCUGGCAGUACCACUGCUCCUGCUAGUGCCAGCGCCGGUGGCGGGAACACAGCAGCUGGUGAACCAAAGAGCCCCACAGAUUUUGAUGCUCAGUACUCACUGACCCGUGCUCAGCGUGUCAGGGCCGCCAUGUUUCCAGAGACCCUGGUGGAGGGGGAGGCGGCCAUGCCCGUCCAAUCAGAUCCUACGCAGCAGAGCAAUGUGCAACGACUGGCUGAACCCUCGCAGCUGCUAAAGACAGCUAUUGUCCACCUGAUAAACUAUCAGGACGAUGCUGAACUUGCCACAAGGGCGGUGCCAGAGCUCACCAAGCUACUGGCGGACGACGAUCCGGUUGUGGUGAACAAGGCAGCCAUGAUAGUCAACCAGCUGACCCGUAAGGAGGCAAGUCGGCGUGUUCUGGUGCAGUCUCCAGCCAUGGUGGGUGCCGUGGUGCGUGCCAUGACAACGGCAGUUGACAUGGAGACAGCUCGUUACACUGCUAGCGUGCUCCACAGCCUGUCGCACCAGAGAGAGGGACUGCUGGCCAUUUUUAAGUCUGGAGGGAUACCAGCACUAGUCCGCAUGCUAAGUUCACCGGUAGAAUCAGUCUUAUUUUACGCCAUCACCACCCUCCACAACCUGCUGCUGCACCAAGAGGGGUCCAAGAUGGCAGUGCGUCUUGCUGACGGCCUGCAGAGGAUGGUUCCCUUACUGAAAAAGAGUAACCCAAAGUUCCUGGCCAUCACCACUGACUGUCUGCAGCUCCUGUCCUAUGGCAACCAGGAGAGCAAGCUGAUCAUCCUAGCCAAUGGGGGCCCAGAGGGCCUGGUGUUCAUCAUGAGGAACUACAACUAUGAGAAGCUAUUGUGGACCACCAGCCGUGUUCUCAAAGUGCUGUCUGUUUGUCCCAGCAACAAGCCAGCAAUAGUAGAGGCUGGUGGUAUGCAAGCUUUGGGCCAACAUCUUACUGGAUCCAGUCAACGUCUGAUCCAGAACUGUUUGUGGACACUCCGUAAUCUAUCAGAUGCUGCAACCAAACAGGAGGGGUUAGACGGCCUCCUGCAGAUACUGGUCACCCAGCUGGGCUCAGAUGACGUCAACAUGUUGACCUGCGCAACUGGCAUCCUGUCCAACCUCACCUGUAAUAACUCACGCAACAAGACUCUGGUGACUCAGUAUGGCGGUGUGGAGGCGUUGAUCCACGCCGUGCUUCGUGCUGGGGAGAAGGAGGAUGUUGCUGAGCCGGCAGUCUGUGCCCUGCGUCAUCUCACCUCCCGCCACCAGGAUGCCGAGCUGGCCCAGAAUGCUGUGCGGGUGCACUACGGUAUCCCAGCUAUCGUCAAGCUGCUGGGGCAGCCGCACUACUGGCCUGUAGUAAAGACCUCUGCGUAAAUCAGAUGUGAACACCGUGUCAACGAGGCUGAUUGUUUUUUAUGUCUGCUACCAUCAGCCAUAUUUCACGCUGGUGGAAGAGGAAAACAAAGACAUUCUCAUGGCUACAUUAAAUGCACCAAAUAAUAACUUUACAACACCAGAGACUAAAAAACAUCCGGGACAGCAUUUUGGACAUUUUUGACAGCUAUGGUGGG